AUGGUGAAAUAAGAAUAUUUUUCAUCUGAAUAUCUAGGUUAUAUAAAUUUUGCUUUUUUAUUUUUUUAUGGGAUAGACAUAUCUUGGUAUGAUGAUUGCUUAUUUUAGUUUAGGACAAUAUGGCGACAGAAUGAAUUUAAGAGUAUUUAUUCUAGCAGGAACUUUUACAACAAGUAUAGUUUUCAAAAUUAUUGGUGUAAUGAUUGAAAUUCAGGAAAAAAAGAAUUAUUUGUACCUAAUACUAUAAAUCAUAAAUAGUAUCUCAUAAUCAACAGCAUGGCUUGGAUUAUAAGAUAUAAAUAUUUUAAUUUAGCUAUUCUUAACAAUUGGUUUGUUACAGAUAAAAAAAUAAUUCUUUUGGGUUGUUUUGCUGCAAAUUCUAAUAUUGGAAUAUAUUUGGAGAUAUUUAUUCAGGUUCUAUGAUUGGAAGAGAUCAUUUGCCUUUGUAUGCUCCUGUAUAUUUAGCAGCAGUCUCUUUAUUGAUAAUCAACUUUUUGAAUGUCUUUUUCUUGUAAAAUGCACCUUCUGCAAAUAUUAAAAAGUAAAUGCUUGAGGAAUAUGAGAAAAACAAGACUAAUUAAUUUAAAGUGAAUAACUAAUAAUUAACAAUAGCAAUGAUUGAAAAAAAAAUUGGACAUAAUUUAAAUACAUUAUAAGAAGAAAACAAAAAUGAAGAUGUGUAUUAGCCACCUUUAAAAAUCUAUUAAUAAUAUGAAUAAUUAAAUUUUAUAACUGCCUGGUUUGUACCAAACGUUGCUUUUUCUGCACUUGCACUUGUAUGUGUUAAAGCUGUAUAUUAUAUUCUUAUAUCUGGCUUCCUGCUUAUCUUGAUUCAAAAAAUGUUCCUAAUGUUGCUUGGAUUACUGCUUAAACUGAUUUGGGAUCUAUUCCUGGAGGAAUUAUAGUGUGGUUAGAUUUUAUAUUUAUUUAGUUUAAAUGGAUUUUAUUCUAAUAAAAGAGCUGUAAUAUUUCCAUUUUUGA